AUGGAAAAGCAGUUGAAGGUCCAAUUCUGCUGGCAGACAAUCCAAUAUUUCUAUGGGGUUGGAAGCGCCAGAUAUGGAUCAAUUAUUGACGAGGGAUAUGGAUUGGUUAAAAUCGAUUUGAAAGCCGAUUCAAUCGUUGAACAGGGGCUCACGCCAGCAACCAUCUUGGAAGUUAAGGACCAACCGAAUGCAGGGUCAAAAUGGGAUUGUCUGAGAGAGAUGUUCUUGAACCCGUCAAACACAAAGAAGGCUAUGAAGUUGAUGAAGAUGGCCAAUUGGAUUUGGGAACGAUCAAAGCUGAAUGAGAAGGAAGCAUUCCGAGAAAUCAACCAAUUGAGAGAGGAAUUCAUCGACAUGAAUGGCAGUGAAAUGGUCAUAUCAGGGAACUGA